UGGUCCCUGUCCCUCCCUUGCCUGGGUCCUAGAGAACACACCCCCCGGGUCGGCUCCACAGCAGGCCAGGCUGCGCUCGGGACUCGCCUGGCGCUUCCCGCGGCCCCCAGCUCCGCCCUGCAGGCCGGGCAUGGAGGCGACGCUGGUGCUGGAGCCCGCGGGCCGCAGCUGCUGGGACGAGCCGCUGGGCAUCUCCGUGCGCGGCCUGGCCCCCGGGCAGCCCGUCACGCUGCGCGCGGCCCUGCGCGACGAGAAGGGCGCGCUCUUCCGCGCCCACGCGCGCUACCGCGCCGAUGCCCACGGCCAGCUGGACCUGGCGCGCGCGCCCGCGCUGGGCGGCAGCUUCGCGGGGCUCGAGCCCAUGGGGCUGCUCUGGGCCAUGCAGCCCGAGCGGCCUUUCUGGCGCCUGGUCAAGCGCGACGUGCAGACGCCCUUCGUGCUGGAGCUGGACGUGCUGGACGGACACGAGCCCGACGGCGGGCGGCUGCUGGCCAAGGCGGGGCACGAGCGCCACUUCCUGGCUCCCGGGGUGCGGCGCGUGCCCGUGCGCGAGGGCCGGGUGCGCGCCACGCUCUUCCUGCCCCCAGGAGAAGGACCGUUUCCAGGCAUCGUGGAUGUGUAUGGUGUUGGAGGGGGCCUGCCGGAGUACCGAGCCAGCCUUGUGGCGGGCCACGGCUUUGCCACAUUAGCUCUGGCUUUUUAUGGCUUUGAAGACCUCCCUAAGGAAUUGAACGUCAUAGAACUGGACUACUUUGAAGAAGCCGUAUGCUGCAUGCUUCGGCACCCCCAGGUAAAAGGCCCAAACGUUGGGCUGCUGGGCCUCUCUCUAGGAGCUGACAUCUGUCUCUCCAUGGCUGCGUUCUUGAAGAACGUCUCGGCCACAGUUUCCAUGAAUGGUUCUGCAUUCAGUGGGGCCAGACACAUCCACUACAAGGACACUGUGAUCCCACCAUUGGGCCAUGACCUGAGGAGAACGAAGGUGGCUUUCUCCGGCAUUCUGGACAUUGUGGAUAUACGGAAUGAUAUCACGGGGGGCUGUGAGAACCCCAGCAUGAUUCCCAUAGAGAAGGCCCAGGGGCCCAUCCUCUUCAUUGCUGGUCAGGAUGACCAUUGCUGGAGGAGUGAGCUGUACGCUCAGGUAGCCUCAGAACGGCUGCAGGCUCGUGGAAAGGAGAGGCCCCAGAUAAUCUGUUACCCUGGGACUGGCCAUUACAUCGAGCCUCCUUACUUCCCAAUGUGCCCAGCUUCCCUGCACCAAAUAGUGAACCAACCUGUGAUUUGGGGAGGGGAAGUCAGGGCUCACUCUAAAGCCCAGAUAGAUGCGUGGAAGCAAAUCCUGUCCUUCUUCGGUAAACACCUGGACUGUACCCAGAACAGAGCUUCCUGUAGGUUGUAGCACGUUUGCCUGUUGCUGGCACGGUAGAUUCAAGGUCAAGUCAAUUUGAUGUUCGUUAACUUUUUGCGAUCAGUUUUCUGCUGGAUCACAUUAAAUUCGCGUUAGAGGUUUAGAGGUCACUUUCCUGAAUAAGUUAUAUUAAUCGAUAUGGUAUUUUACCAACAUGACAAGUGCUUUUUAAAGACACAGAUGUGUGUGACUCAACAAAUAAAGGUUAAAAACAGCA